AACUACAAAACCUCUAGCCAAAUAGUACUCGAGCGACAAGUCCGAAUUGUGUGAGAAGCAAUGAAGCUAUGAAUGAGUUUGGGGAAUUGUUACAUCGCAUACAGUCAAUGCAGGUAGCAAACGAAAACAAAAGGUAGAGGAUUGACGAGAGAACGGGCUACAGUCUAAAAACGGGGAAAGAAUCAAAUGAACGUGUAAGUACGAGGCAAGUAACUGUGAUAAGAAAUUGUCAGAUAUUCUUGCUUUGUUUAUUUUCCAAUGUGUGUAAAAAAACAAACGGACGUAACACUGUGGAACGUGUACAAAAUUUAAGACAGCGAUUAGUGAAAGUAGAUAAAUUAAAUAACAAUAAAAAAAAUCGAUCGAUAUUUUUAAGUUUUAUAUAUGCACAAAAACGCUAGUGAAAGAAUAAUGGGGAAAAGGGACAGCAGAUUCUCACCGUUCUUAAAACAGUGCUUUGUGACGGCAUCAGUAUGCUGCAAUAUAGUGGGCCACGGCUGCAUCCUCGGCUUCCCUGCAGUCCUGCUGCCCCAGCUCCACCAGCCGAAUAGUCUAAUACCGCUCUCUAAGUCCGCCGAGUCAUGGAUAGCCUCUAUAAUUGGUGUGACACUGCUAGUGGGAGGUUUUGUGACCCCGCCGAUCAUGUCACGGUACGGCCGCAAGAUCGCUCAUAUAGCUCUCACCAUACCAGCCCUUGUUGGAUGGUUUGUUAGCAUCUGCGCCACUACUUUUGAGGUGCUCUUCAUUGGCAGAAUAUUGCAAGGUCUAUCAUUUGGUAUGCUCAGUCCACUACGGUCCGUACUUAUUGGGGAGUACGCCAGUCCAAAAAACAGAGGAGCUUUCCUCACCAUGGUCUCCCUGGCCCAAGCCUUUGGGAUAUUCUUCGUUCACCUGGUGGGGUCUAUUCUCAGCUGGCAAAAAACUGCGGUCAUCUGUGUGUUCUUCCCAUUCUUCAGUUUGAUCAUGACAAUUUAUUCACCAGAAUCUCCAAGUUGGCUAGCAUCUCAAGGCAAAUAUGACAAAUGUAGAAAAGUUUUCCGAUGGCUGAGAGGUGACGAGGAAGAACAAGAGUUAGAACAAAUGAUAUGUGUACAAAUACAAAAUACGAAAGCUAAAACGGAGAAAGAAAUAAAGAAGCAGAAUUACAUCGAGGAGUCGAUAGCUACAGUGAGAAAGAGAGAAUUUUACGUCCCAAUAAUCAUAAUGUUACAUGCCUUUUGUAUGAUCCACUUCUCAGGUGGAACCACAAUGGCCUCGUACUCCACAAAGAUAAUAGGUUUAAUAAUGGGGCCGGAAGCAAACGCUCACUUUUGGAUGAUUCAAUUGGAUACACAAAGGUUAAUUUUGAACACUGUCGCUGUGUACGUAAUAAAUAAAGUAAGGAGACGAACAAUGCUGUUCUCAGUUGGAAGUUUGUCAGUGGUUGCACAUUUGGCCAUUGCUGCUUACGUAUACUUGAAGACUGAGAAUCUUCUCCCAUAUGACUCUCAAUGGAUACCUGUUCUAUUGAUUAAUAUUCAAAUUGCCGCUGUCGCUUUGGGUAUGGUGCCUUUACCGAGCGUGAUAGCUGGUGAGGUGAUCCCGUUGCAAUAUAAGAGCAUAAGUGGCACAGUUAGUAACUGGUCACUGGCUGGAUUUUUGUUUUUUGCAUUAAAAACAUUCUCGUCGUUAAUCGAGAGUGUAGGUAUACAAGGAACUUACGUUAUAUACGCUGCAGUUAUUGCUUAUAAUUUGAUCAUAAUGUGGUUCCUGUUGCCUGAGACUAAAGGAAAGACAUUACAGAGAAUAGAAGAGGAAUUAAGAGGUAGACCUUUAAUUCAAGAAGAGGUAAGAAGUAAAAAAUCAUUAGAGGACCUAACAGAUAUUAAAGUAAAAGAGUCUCUAGAGAGCUAGUAGAUAGGUAGUCCCUAAUUAAUAAAGUGAAACAUGAUAUAUUGAUUUACGUCAUGUACAUUAAAUUUAUUUAGAUUAUAUGAGUUUAAUUGUGAGAAAAUCAUGACAAAAUGUAUAAGUAUAGGUACAAAGCAGUGAUAUUUGCAAUAAGAUUUUUAAUAUUGUAAAUGUAUCCUUAAUUGUGAUAUGA